CAUCUCGGUCGUUCUUUCUUAUACGGCAUAAAUCUGUAUGCGUAUCUUUUACUAAAGUUCCUCUUGGUAACCUUUACUUUUCAAAAUGGCGAAAACCACAGAAAAGAAGGAUGAGAAAAUCAAGAAAACCAAAAAGGAGCCUAAGGAUGCAUCCAAAAAUGUUAUGCGCGAAGUUAGAAUCCGUAAAUUAUGUUUGAACAUUUGUGUGGGUGAAUCCGGUGACAGACUAACAAGAGCGGCUAAGGUAUUGGAACAGCUAACCGGUCAACAACCAGUUUUCUCCAAAGCAAGGUACACUGUACGUUCCUUUGGUAUUCGUCGUAAUGAAAAAAUUGCUGUACACUGUACUGUUCGAGGAGUAAAAGCAGAAGAAAUUCUUGAACGAGGAUUAAAAGUACGUGAAUACGAAUUGAGAAGAGAAAACUUCUCUGGUACUGGAAACUUUGGAUUUGGUAUCCAAGAACACAUCGAUUUAGGUAUUAAAUAUGAUCCAAGCAUUGGUAUCUAUGGUCUGGACUUUUAUGUUGUACUUGGACGCCCAGGUUUUAAUGUAGCCCACAGACGAAGAAAAACUGGAAAAGUUGGUUUUCCUCACAGAUUAACUAAAGAGGACGCUAUGAAAUGGUUCCAGCAGAAGUAUGAUGGUAUCAUAGUUGCUGGGAAAAAGUAAUGUACAAAUAUUGUAUUUUACGAUUGUCUUAUAAAAAAUAUUAAAAAAUUCUAACGUA